AUGACGCAUCCGACCAAGGAGGUUGAGCCCCUACCUGACAAUCCUGACCGAGACUUGUCGUGGACUUUGGACUCUCUUCACGGAUUCUGCAGGAAAGACGGACUUGAAGACGGCAAUCGCCAUCUGUCGUGGUCGCUGGGCACGUUUCCAGACCGCUGGAUGUACCUCAACUUCAUCUUCCACUACUUCACCCCGCACGAUACCGACGCGGACAAGUGGAUUGGCUCCGGUAUUCGCUGCGACCGUCAGACCAUUACGGUUCCCAUCGGGGGUCCUAGAGGCAGAGCGACAUUUAUAGAACAGCGAGUCUGGUUCAGCGUACGCACUGCCACGGCAUACGAUGAUAGUCGCGCGCCGGACCUCGCUAAGCGACUGCUAAAGGGGCCGGCUACUCUCGGGUUCGUCCUGGACGAUGUGCUCCAUCAUCCGAUCAGGAUGACACAGAAGGAUUGGGAAAUGCGCGGGCUGGAGCCUGUCAAAGGCGCUUCGGGUGUAACGGCUUUCCAAAUGCUCCUUUGGGGUGGGGUGGACGAAUGGAGCAGACGCUGGAACGCUUGUCUUGACUAUGUUGACAGACUUCACGAAGUCCAGAUUGAGGACAUAGAUGGCAGCGACCCAGAGAAGCUCAAUGACCUCAUGUUUGACCCUCGCGGCUCGCUGGCCAAGAAAUACUUCGUCACAGCGCACCUCCUCAAGAUCUUCCGCCGGCACAUCGACGUUCUGCCCCGUUCCCUUCAGCAGAUGAGAUCAAAGUGGCAGAGCACGUACCCAGGCGUGGACUCGGAUCUCCUCGAGCGUUUUGACAAUCCCACCCAGUUGACGCUGCUGAAGAACUGGUCUCGGCUGGUAGACCACGCUGGCGCUCUGCACGAGAAGCUUGCCCACAGGAUUGAGAAGAGGUCGGGCGAGCUCUUGAACCUCAGGAACACUCUGCUGCUCGCCAGGGCAACUGUCCGCAAUUGA